GGACAGGAGAAAUCGAGCGCCGAGAGCUUCGAUGCGUUUGCAAUAAAUGUCUGGCUGUUACCCUGGCCGCCAUUUUAGAUGACGAGAGGAGCGGGAGGCUUCGAGUGAGGGAAAAGCCCUCGCGGUGGGGAAAGCGGGAGCAGCCGAGAAGCGGGCAGGGCUGGAGCACAUAACUACAUUUGCCAUGGUGGAGAUGUGGCUGAAAACGGGAGCAUGGGAUAUCAGUGCAUGAUCACGGAGCUCCACGCAGUUUGGUUACUUAAAGCUGCUUCAAUGGACCACAUUCACGGAGCUUGGAAGACCCUUCCUGAUGGAAUUGGAUUAAAGGAUUCUGUCUUCAAUGGAUCCAGCUGUAUUUCACCUACCAUUGUUGAACAGUUCGGUUAUCAGCGCAGAGCAUCUGAUGAUGGGAAACUUUUAGAUUCCUCCAAGACAAGUAAUACUAUUCGUGUUUUUUUGCCUAAUAAGCAACGCACAGUGGUAAAUGUACGUAAUGGAAUGACUCUUCAUGACUGUCUUAUGAAAGCACUCAAAGUUAGAGGUCUGCAGCCAGAAUGCUGUGCUGUUUUUCAAUUACUUACUGAACACAGAGGUAAAAAAGCACGAUUAGAUUGGAGUACAGAUGCUGCAUCCUUGAUUGGAGAAGAAUUACAAGUUGACUUCCUUGAUCAUGUUCCACUCACAACACAUAACUUCGCACGGAAAACAUUUCUGAAGCUUGCAUACUGUGACAUCUGUCAGAAGUUUUUACUAAAUGGAUUCCGAUGUCAAACCUGCGGUUACAAAUUCCAUGAGCACUGCAGCACAAAAGUUCCAACUAUGUGUGUGGACUGGAGCAAUAUCCGGCAACUCUUAUUAUUUCCACAUUCAAAUAUUGGUGAUAGUGGUAUCUCAGCACCUCCUUUGAUGACUCGGCGAAUACGUGAAUCUGUCUCUCGGAUGCCCAUUAAUUCUCAGCAUAGAUAUUCUACACCUCAUGUCUUCACAUUCAGUGGAACAAAUCCUUCUCCUGAAUGUUCCCUUUCUCAAAGGCAGAGAUCCACCUCUACCCCAAAUGUCCACAUGGUCAGUACUACUAUGCCUGUGGAUAACCGGAUAAUUGAGAAUAACAGCCUGAAUGCUUCUCCCAGGUCCUGGUGCAGACGAUUCUGUUUAAGGGGAAGAGAUGCUAUACGUAGUCACAGUGAAUCUGCAUCACCACCAGCGAUAUCGGGAAGCCCCAACAAUACAAGUCCAACAGGGUGGUCACAACCUAAAACACCAGUCCCGGCUCAAAGAGAGCGAGCUGCAGGAGCUAAUCCGCAAGAAAAAAAAAUAAGACAACGUGGACAGCGGGAUUCAAGCUAUUAUUGGGAAAUAGAAGCAAGUGAAGUUAUGCUCUCAACCAGAGUUGGAUCAGGCUCAUUUGGAACAGUUUAUAAAGGAAAAUGGCAUGGUGAUGUAGCAGUAAAGAUCCUAAAGGUUGUAGAUCCAACCCCAGAACAAUUUCAAGCCUUUAGAAAUGAAGUAGCUGUAUUAAGGAAAACUCGACAUGUUAAUAUUCUAUUAUUUAUGGGCUACAUGACUAAAGAUAAUCUGGCCAUUGUCACACAGUGGUGUGAAGGAAGUAGCCUAUAUAACCACCUACAUGUUCAGGAGACCAAGUUUCCAAUGUUACAGCGUAUUGAUAUUGCAAGACAGACAGCACAAGGAAUGGACUACUUGCAUGCAAAGAAUAUAAUACACAGAGACAUGAAAUCAAAUAAUAUAUUUCUUCAUGAAGACCGAACAGUGAAGAUAGGAGACUUCGGUUUGGCAACAGUCAAAUCCAGAUGGAGUGGUUCUCAACAAGUGGAACAGCCUACAGGAUCUGUUCUCUGGAUGGCACCGGAAGUAAUUCGAAUGCAAGAUAGCAAUCCAUUCAGCUUUCAAUCAGAUGUGUAUUCUUAUGGAAUAGUACUAUACGAAUUGAUGACAGGAGAGUUACCCUAUUCACAUAUUAACAAUAGAGAUCAGAUCAUUUUCAUGGUUGGUCGUGGUUAUACAUCGCCUGAUCUCAGUAAACUAUACAAAAACUGUCCAAAAGCUAUGAAGAGGCUUGUAGCAGAUUGCGUAAAAAAAGUAAGGGAAGAGAGACCUCUUUUUCCACAGAUAUUGUCUUCCAUUGAACUGCUGCAACAUUCUUUACCCAAAAUUAACCGAAGUGCUUCAGAACCUUCUCUGCAUCGUGCAACUCACACCCAGGACAUAAAUUCAUGCACAUUGACUUCAACAAAGCUACCUGUGUUCUAGGAGAUCCACGUGCAGCCUUCACAGUUCUCCCCAAGAAGAGUUAUUUUAUAGCAGUUGUGUUUUGAAGGCUUCAAUCUACAGAACUGAACAGCCAGCGUGGGAUUCACCUGGGUGCCAAUUUUAAGAGUGAGCUGCUAUGAAUUUCUGCUAUUCUAAGCCUACAGGGACAAAACUCCAAUGUUGCCUUUUGCUACAGUUUAUCUUAUGGAAAUAGUUCACAGACUGUAUAAAAAGUUCUAUUGCUAUUUUUUAUAGAUGCACUUGAGCCUUAUUUUUUUUUCCCAUAUGCAAAAAAAAAAAAAAAAAAAAAAAGGACAAAGGAAAAAAAGUAUUACUUUUCUGGUUUCAACUCUUGCAUUCUGCUGAACAAACUGUUAUUUUUUUGUAUAGCAACAGCAUUUGAGAAAAGGCAAUGCAAAUGGUGCUGUUUUUCUUAUUACUUAAGAACAUUCUGGCUUGGAGAAAUCAUAACUAAAAUACCAAUUUGUAAAGAUGACUUAAGGGAAGAUGGAAAUGCAAGUUCAUGGAAGUGUCCCCAACUGAGCAUUUGUCAUAAUCACUUAAUAUUGGUGGUUAAAGUUUCAUCACUACAAAUAAUUUUGCACAUAGGAAAAAUCAUGUUAAGAUGAGAUGUAUAUUAUAACUAGUAUUCCUCCUCAGAAGCUGGCACAAUCUUGCUACAAUCUUCAUAAGGUAACAUAAGAAACUUAUUGGGUACUUCAGACUUGUUUCUUGCAGCACCUGGAGGGUUCAGUAAGACAUGAUAGUUUUGUGGAAGAAAUAAAUAAAGUAAUGUCAGUAUAUUUCUGCAAAUGGUCAUUAGACUGUUUGGAAAAAAAACCUUUUUUUUCUGAGAUGCACUAUAAGGAAAUUUGGCAUAUACAGGAUUUUUCCUUGCUGAUUUGGGUUUUAAUUUGUUUUUAUUGCUCCUGAGAGAAAAACAUUUAUUGUAAACCCAGGUUCUUCUGAUUAUCUUAUUUUAAUAAAUAAAUUAAAUUUAAAUUUGUCAUUGAUUUUUUUUUUCUGGCUGCUUCACACACAACAGGUUUGGUCUCCCAGUAUGUGUACGUAUGUGUUUAGAUAUCCAAUCAAAUCCAUACAUUCUAUUUUAUCAAGUACUUUUAAAGGAAGGGAAUAAAAAAUACUGAAGCAAUUUUUAAAAAAAUGCUAUUUCAUAAAAAAACCACUAUUUUAUUUACAGCUUUUCACUGUGUAUUGUCUCUCAGAUACCUGACAUACUUUGCUGGGUUCAGACUUGCACUCGACUGAAUUCCAUGAAUGUGGGAAGGAGGGAGGAGUGAUCUGUUAAAUUCUUCUGUAGGCUUCUGUGAUUUUCUUUACAAGAAGAAAAUGCCUUUCUUCCGAUAGCCAGAUAUAACUGGGUCUACCCAUUUCAUACUCUGAAAAUUGCCCAUUGUACUUCCAAAAUCUCUCGUUAAAUUGUUGGAUUACUAAAGCAGAAAGUUGAGUCAUCCAAUAUAUAUGUUAAUGCUAUAUGUAUUUUAUAUUAAUUCCCUUUGAACUGCGUUGUACAUUUCCAAUUAAUUUAUCUCACACAGAUAACAUUUUAUGCAGCUUGCCAGUUCAUUGUUUCCCGAUCCGGAUAUUCUUCAGAUGUAUGGAUUUCAACUCUCAGAAUUUUCUGCCAUUGCUGAGCAUUCUGAGUUAAAAUCCACUCAUCUUCAGGAUGCUGCAAAGAAAUUAGAAUUAAAGUUGGCAGACUAGGGGUUUGGGUGUGAUACUGUAUGUUAUGGUGUUUGAUUUUUCAGGGAGAGAAUGCAUAGUUGCUUGUACUGCAGUACCUUACAUUAUGACUGCACAAGUCCUAAUGUUGCUGCAGUUGUACAGAUAUAAAGAUUAUUACGUUAGCCUGUGAUGGUUAGCUGAACUCUGAUGUGCACUUUACAUUCUGUGUGUGUACAUUCUGUUGAGCUUCAGUGUACAUUUAAAAAUGCAAAAAUCUGUUGAGCUGGUUUGCCAGGCUUCAAUUCACACAUGUUCUUUUGUCUUGUUACCACGUUACUUUAAUCCAGUUCACAAGCACCAGUCAUUCUUGUAACCAGUGGCACCCUUCUAUGCAAGUAAAACAUUAGCAAAGAA